GGCGGCCAAGCGGAGAGAAAGACGCGGGAGUCGGAGGCUGUGUCACCGGUUCGGUAAAGUUUCUGUUCUCUGAUUUUGGGAUAUUCCCUGCCCAAAAAAUUCCUGGAAAAUUGACUAGUAUUAAGUGUGAAGAAAUCUUGAAGACCAGAAUUUGGAUCUUAUUGAAUUUUGGUGGUGUUUUUUGUUUUUACUUUUUGUUUUUUCAUUUUUCAAUAUUUUUCAUCUUUUUAUUUUUUAAUUAUAUUGCUCAGCUAUGGAAGAUGGAUUCUUUUUUUUUUUUUUUUUUUUUUAAUUCUUUGAAUCUCAAGUUCAUCUUUAAAUGAACUUUUUUGUUUUUUGAGGAGAUAACUAAUACUAGCUGUCUCCAGUCUGACAGAGGUUAUGCAGAUGGACUUAAUCUUCCAGGAGUUGGGAGAUAUUUUAAAGAUGUUUUAAAAACACUUCCUGUGUUUCAAUUGUGGCUGAGGGGUUUCCUUGGCAAUGUGAGGAAGAAAACUCUUUCUACCUCAUUAUUAUUAAUUCAUGGAUUGAGUGUUGGUUCGACCUACAGGCGUAAUAGCUUGGAACUCAGUGAAGACACAGAUGUCCCUGUUGAGAGCAACCAGCUAAUGAUUACGUUUUAGAGAAGAUUUCUGUGUGAGUUGUCAUUGGAAGAGUAAGUCCAUUCCAAGAGCCCUUGGAGCUGGUCUUCACCUUGACGGACAAAGCCGUGGCUCAUUGCAAAGAGCCACUUGUGGCCCGAGAAUUCGCCCAGCAUGCCUAAUCAGGGGGAAGACUGCUACUUUUUCUUCUAUUCUACGUGUACCAAAGGUGACAGCUGCCCAUUUCGUCACUGUGAAGCUGCACUAGGAAAUGAAACUGUCUGCACACUGUGGCAAGAAGGUCGUUGUUUUCGACAGGUGUGCAGGUUUCGCCACAUGGAAAUUGAUAAAAAACGAAGUGAAAUUCCUUGUUAUUGGGAAAAUCAGCCAAUGGGAUGUCAAAAAUUAAACUGCGCUUUCCAUCACAACAGAGGUCGUUAUGUUGAUGGACUUUUUCUACCUCCAAGCAAAACCGUAUUACCCACUGUGCCUGAGUUGCAAGAAGAAGAAGUAAAGGCUAGCCAGCUCACAGUCCAACAGAGCAAACUGUCUGUCCAGUCUAACCCCUCCCCUCAGCUGCGGAGUGUAAUGAAAGUAGAAAGUUCAGAAAAUGUUCCCAGCCCCACGCAUCCACCGGUUGUAAUCAAUGCUGCAGAUGAUGAUGAAGAUGAUGAUGACCAGUUUUCUGAGGAGGGCGACGAGAGCAAAACACCUGCCCUGCAGCCGACCCCUGAAGUCCACAAUGGGUUACGAGUGGCUUCUGCCCGGAAACCUGCAGUCAGCUUAAAGCAAGGUGAAUGUUUGAAUUUUGGAAUAAAAACUCUUGAGGAAAUUAAAUCAAAGAAAAUGAAGGAAAAAUCCAAGAAGCAAGGUGAAGGCCCCUCGGGAGUUUCCAGCGCUUUACAUCAGCCUCAGCCCAAUCCAGGUCCUGAAAAAGAAAAUGUUCGGACUGUGGUGAGGACAGUAACUCUAUCAAGCAAACAAGGAGAAGAGCCCUUGGUUAGAUUAAGUCUUACUGAGAGACUGGGGAAACGAAAAUUUUCAGUAGGUGGUGACGGUGACCCUCCAUUGAAGCGGAGCCUUGCACAGAGGCUGGGAAAACAGAUGGACGCUGCAGAGACUAACCCUGACAGAGUCCCAAAGAAGGAGAGAAUUAGUAAAGCUGGCGAGAUCCAUGUGAAGACAUUGGAAGAAAUUCUUCUUGAAAGGGCCAGUCAGAAACGUGGAGAAUUGCAGACUAAACUGAAAACAGAAGAACCUUCACGGGCUGAUGAUUCUCCGUCAGUAACAAAAAGUUCUUCCUCAGUGCGGAUCAAAACCUUCUCUGAGGUCCUGGCUGAGAAGAAGCAUCGACAGCAGGAAAUGGAGAGACAGAGAUCCAAAAAGGAUGCCAAUGUCCCCAAGUUGACAGCAGACCCUGAAGUGAAAAAGACAGUGAGUCUGCCCCCUGCUCCUGCCAGCAGGGGGCAGCCGGAGGGACCUGCAGCGAGAGCCAGGCCUAUGCGGGAGGUGCACAUUAAGACGCUGCAGGAGAUCAGGCUGGAGAAGGCCAUGAGAGUGCAGCGAAGCUCGGACAGCAGCGCCAGCUUCCAGCCUCAAGCUGAGGCCGUCCCAGGGGCAAGGAGGCUGCUCCGCAUCGCCAAAAGAGCAGGUGCAAAAGAAGACAAAAAACUCGACCUCGAAGAAGACAGUGGUGACACUGCUUCUCAGAGCAGUGUGCCUAAGACAGAGGUUAGUGAGGCUUCUGAUGAGACCAUAAGUGAUACCACAAAAAUCCCAGUGAAGCGGUGUGAUGCUGUGAGAGAGAAGUACACCAAGGAACUGCAGGGGAUGGAAACCUCCCAGGAGAAGCCAGCCUUGACACCUGUCCAGGGAGACGGGCCCUCUCCCUGUGCUCGAGUGCUGGGGAAGCCAGAGCUAACUGCUGCAUCAGGCGUCACUCGGCACCUGGCUAAGCGGCUCCCCCUGGAGUCAUCCCAGAAAGGGGAGGUAGAAACCUCUGGAAUUGGGGACUCGAUACUGAAUGUGAAAUGUGCAGCACAGACUUUGGAAAAAAGGAGUAAAACCAAGCCCAAAGUGAAUGUGAAGCCAUCUGUGGUCAAGGUUGUUUCAUCUCCCAAAUUGGCUCCAAAACGCAAGGCUGUGGAGGUCCACCCUGCUGUCGUUGCGGCUGUGAAGCCACUCAGCCCCAGCAGCGUCCUGCAGGAAAGCCCCACCAAGAAAGCAGCAGUGGCUGUGGUCCCACUUACUUCUGAAGAGAAGUCCAUCACCAUGUCUGAGACAGAACAACCUAAGGACAGUUUUGUGCUGUCUUCAACCCAGUCUGCUUCAGAACCCUUGCUCCCAGAAGGAUCAGGCCCUUCAUCGUCCCAGGUGACAACCAAAGCUCGCCGACUGAGCUGUGCCUCCACAGGAAAGCCUCCGCUCUCUGUGGAAGACGAUUUUGAGAAACUAAUAUGGGAAAUUUCAGGAGGCAAAUUAGAAGCUGAAAUCGACUUGGAUCCUGGGAAAGACGAAGAUGACCUUCUGCUUGAGCUCUCAGAGAUGAUUGACAGCUGAAGGUGAUGGUGAGGACACUUUAAAAAAAAAAAACAAAAAAAGAAAAAAAAAAAAACCCACAAAAACACCCUCACCAAAAGCUGGACUUAGUUUCAUCUGUUCUAACAUUUACCUGAGGUGAUAAUUUCUUUAGUCUCAAAUUUUGCCCAAAUCAAAAGUAUAUAUACCUCUGAAGUACCUGUGUGUGUCCUGGAUUCCCUUGGGGUCAGAUCCUUUACAUCCCUGUAACCGUUUUGUCCGUUUGACGCCAUCAUUUAGCGUCUGUGAGGAGGAGGUUGUGUGCUGCCCUUCUCCCCACGUGAGACUGAGCUCCGAAUGAAAUGGUGACGCCAACUCAGUGGCUCCUUGAGGUGUUUGUCAGUGUGGCCUAUCUUCCCCUUCGCUGUAUUUAUUUAUGUAUUGUCUUAAUAGGAUCAGAGUUUAAAACGAAGACCGCUGCUAACCAUUGUGGACCAAAUGUCAUGCUACCACUAAACAAAAGACCCACUUCGUCUGUGUUAAAUUGUAUGUCUUUUUAAAGGUAUUUGGAGAUUCGUCUAAGCUUUAAGGAGGGCCGGGCGGCUCAAGACCCUGAGAUACGGACACAACUCUGGACCUGGUCCUGUUGCGUUAGCUGCUCCGUAAGCCUCUGAAGAGCAAUAGCUAAUUUAUUAUUACUGUAAUUUUUUUAAAGGCUUUAAAGUGCCUCAGGGGUCCCCUGAAACUAAUUUUCUACUUUUGGGAUUCCCUGGAUUCUUUAUAAGAGAUGGUGACGUGACUAGAAAAAUUCUUUUUGUAGUAUUAAAAUUGUCCCUUUUCUUCAAUACCUUUCUCCUACUGGCAUCGAAUUAUCACAGAGACGGAAAAUUGGUAAAUUUUAUAGUUUCUAACUCUCCCAGGAAACUACUCUUGCCUAGUAUUUAUUUGAUGUGCUUUAACCAUGGGAGGAGACUAAAAAGAAAAAGAGAGAAAAAAAAAAAAAAAAAAAAAAAAAAGACAACAACUCAAGCUGCCAGUAUUGAUAUUGAUCUACGGACUGUAGCAGUACACUGGGCUGUGCUGCCGCAGGGAAGACGAGAUGCUCUGGGGUGUAUUGGAUACCUCCAGUUUCUUCAUUUCUGGAUUGAGUUUUCUUUUCUUGAUGUUGGUCUUCAUAUCACCUCAAGGUUUAGACUUGUGAAGGAACAAGUCUGAUGAGGGUAAUAGUCUUGAAACGAGACACUGUACAGAAUUGGAAGGCGGAAAGAAAGACUUGUUCAUUGUGAUACUUUCUGUAGGUGGCCAGUUUGUUUCUCACAGGGAAAUCCUGGAUCGCCUGUCAUGUUGGCUCCUAAGGAACUGCUGUUGUAAGCGGCUCUUCAAGAGUUGAAGUUCAUGUAGCCUUGUUGGGAAUAUGGAAAAGGAAGAAAGCCACAGGACUGCUCGUUCAGUCUGGGAAGAUCUGGAUGAUUCUGCACAUGCAAAAAUGACUUGAAAUUUAUGUAUAGACGCUUGUACCGAUCCAUCUUCAGCUGACUGAAUGUUGUAAGAUAACCCUUCUCCAAAGCAGGGGUGGAAUGUUCUGCUUUCAACCACACAUUUUAUAAACACAUUUCCUUUUUUGAAUCGGCCUAUAGAUUGUAGGUCCCUUUUGUAUAUAAUCUCUCUUCUUUUGCUUUAAAAAAAAAAAAAAAGUCUGUUCAUAUUUAAUGCCCUGUAUUAGUCAAUGAUUUGUGUUCAACAUUAUUUGAACCAUUUGCCAUUACUGAAAGAGAAAUACUUAUUUGUGUUUUAAAUAAAACUGAUAUAGGAAAUACUUAGUUCUUAUCAUUAUAACUUAAGUGAUGCUGUUAAUUUUUUUUAAAGGAGGACAGGUUUGAAAUUGAUCCUAAUAUUCAGUGAUUGAGGAUUUUCAAGCAUAAAUAUGGAAGAAAAGAUUUAAUUAGAAGAGUACAGGGUUUUCAAUCUGUAUUCUCACUUCUUACUGUUACAAAAAUACAUGUAAAUUUUUAGCAACUAAA